CGUCUAGACCAGAUGAGAAACCACACAAGAGGAGUACUGUCCGGAUGUCACUCCGAUGUGUCCACUACUUUCCCGCUCAGCCAUUCAACCCACUUGCUCCCCCUAGCGCCUCAGUCUGUAAGACUUUCGUGUUCAGCCCCGGAAAACUCGAGCUCGAAACUGUCUUGGAUCGAGAAAUUUAUCACCAUGGAGACAUAAUGCACGUACACGUGACGGUUAAUAACAACAGCAACAAGACAGUGCAGAAAAUCAAAGUAUAUGCUAUUCAAUACGUGUACGUGUGCAUGUUCACUAAUGGUCGCUUCAAAAAUCUCGUCGGCCUUGCCGAAACGGAAGAUGGACAUCCCGUUUCUCCUGGAGCCAGCUUAUCACGUGAUUUCUGCUUUAAACUAAUGAGUUUUCUCAAGUACCCUGUAGCUCUUGCAUUGGAAGGCGGGUUUAAUGAUGACGUCACGGUUCUGGCCACUAGUUCCCUGAAUCCUCGGCCGAAAGAAAAAAAUCCGUAUGGAGUUAUAGUAACAUACAGGGUCAAAGUUAAAGCUGUCCUUGGUUGUAUGGACAGGCCUGUUAUUAUCCAUCUUCCCUUCAAAAUCCUAAGUUAUAGAACAGCAGACGAUUUUACUUUUAGUACAAGGCCCAAGCAGCAGAGGGCGUUCGCUACCGAAAUAGUUGAUGAUGAAGAUAGUGCCACAGAAGAGAUUUCCCGUCUGUUGAAGGGUCAUGCCGGUCAUGGUCAGUGUUUUUAUGGUAAAAGCAAUGGACCAAAAGUGUCCUUCCUUUACAGUCGAAGAGUCAUGGAUCUAGAGAACAAAACCAAUGAUCGAAGAUCACCGAUUCCAGGUUCUAGAGGAUAUAUAAAAACACUUUCUGGAAGACCAGGUGACCUUCAUGACGUCAUUUAA